AUGGGCGCAAGUGCAAAAGGAACUUGGCGGUAUACUUCAACGGAGGCAGUAUACCAAAGAAACGCGUACCAAAAUUACGUAGUUCAAGAAAGCUCUGCUAGAAGACCCAGCCAACCAAUUCGUGACAGUAGAUUCAUUUGCCUGUAUUGUGAACGAUUCAGUCACCAAUCAGCUGACUGCGGCACAGUUAAAGAGUCAGAAAAUGCAUCUUUUCUAACUAUGAAGAAAAUAUGUUUCAACUGCGGAAAGCCAUAUCACACUGCAGAGGCAUGUCGAGUAGCUCACCAGAACGUCAUUCAGGAACGGUUUGACGAAAAAGUAAAUUUCAAAGACGAGAAAAGAGGAAGGGGCCAUGAAGAGCUCAACAAAGCAGAAACCCUGCACAUAAUAGGAGCUGCCACUAUUCCGGGGGAAAACGGCUCAAAAGAAGUCUAA